AUGGUAGCUGCAGGGGCUCAUGUCGUUGCUAUGACCAAGCUUAGUUCCAUGAUCGGAAGGGAAGAGCCAACAGAAGCUACCAAUUAUCAUGCUCCGUUCAACCCUAGGGGCGAUGGCUAUCAGUCUUCUGCUGGGAGUAGCAGUGGCAGUGCAGCUGCAGUGGCUACCUAUGACUGGCUCGAUUUUGCGUUUGGAACGGAUACAACAGGCAGUGCUCGAAGAUCGGCUCUUGUGAAGGGCAUUUUCCAAAUGCGGCCUACCCAAGACGCGAGACACAAGGAUGCUGAAGCCUGUCGUUUCUACUUGGUACAAGACCAAGGUUUCGGUCGCUCAUACUGCAUCACACAAGUCUGUCUCAUUGUCUAUCCCCUUGACUGCUUCCCUGUGGACAACAAAGUUCAAACGCAAUUGAUCGAUGCGUUCCUGGACGAUCUUGCGGAAACCCUCAACGCGGUCCUACGCAGAUUUUCUACCGCAUUUCUGUGGGAUGAGACUCGGCCCGACGAGGCUGGCCAACAGAACGCUCAAGAUUAUCUCCAGGAUACUUACGUCAACACGAACUUCCAUGACUACUACUACUAUAACACAGUUGAAAUCCGGAGGACAUACGAAGAGCGAUACCAAAAUCGACCUUACAUUGUUCCUUCAUCAAUUGGAAAUGGGACUUGGGCAGUGCAGUAA